CUUUCCAGCCGCAGGCCAAAAGAGCAUAAACCAGAACAGAGAAAAAAGGCGUCUUGUUUUUUUUUCUUCUUCCCUUUGCAAAACGAAUUUUUCUCUGCAUCGAUUUGUGCCGCCUCGAAGAAAGGAUCGAUAAUAGACUUUUCUUUUUUUGUUGAAUAGACGAGCCGGGUUUCUUUUUCUUUUUCAUUUCCCCUCCAUUUCUAAUUCGAAAAUGUCUGGCGAUAAGAUGGAAGUUGAGCUCGCUGAGCAGAAGCUCAAGACUAUGGAGCACAGCGAGCAGCAUUACUUUAAGAGGUACGAUCAUCAUGGCAUCCACGAGGAAAUGCUGAAAGAUGAGGUGCGCACGAGGUCGUACAUGAACGCCAUUGUCCAGAACAAGCACAUUUUUAAGGACAAGGUUGUUCUCGAUGUUGGAUGCGGUACCGCCAUCCUUUCCAUGUUUGCCGCCAAGGCCGGCGCCAAGCAUGUCAUUGGUGUGGACAUGUCCACCAUCAUCUUCAAGGCCCGAGAGAUCGUCAAGACCAACGGCCUGUCAGACAAGAUCACCCUGAUCCAGGGCAAGAUGGAGGAGAUCGAGCUCCCUUUCCCCCAGGUCGACAUCAUCAUCUCCGAGUGGAUGGGCUACUUCCUCCUCUACGAAAGCAUGCUGGACACCGUCCUGUACGCCCGUGACAAGUACCUGGUCAAGGACGGUCUCAUCUUCCCCGACAAGGCCACCAUCUUCUUCGCCGGUAUUGAGGAUGGCGACUACAAGGAGGAGAAGAUUGGAUUCUGGGAUAACGUGUACGGCUUUGACUACACUCCCCUGAAGGAGACCGCUCUCUCAGAACCCUUGGUCGAUACUGUCGAUCUCAAGGCUGUCGUUACCGACCCCGUCCCCGUUCUGACCCUCGAUCUCUACACCUGCACCACCGCCGACCUCGCCUUCAACACAAGCUUUACUCUGACCGCCAAGCGAGACGACUUCGUCCACGCUCUCGUUUCUUGGUUCGAUAUUGACUUCACUGCCUGCCACAAGCCCAUCCGCUUCUCUACCGGCCCUCACACCAAGUACACCCACUGGAAACAGACCGUUUUCUACAUCAAGGAUGUCCUGACCACACAAGACGGAGAGGAGAUUCACUGCAAACUUGAUGUCAAGCCCAACAACAAGAACCGCCGUGAUUUGGACAUUGAGAUUGAGUACAACUUCCAGACCUCCGAUGCAAACAGAGUUGCUUCCGGCGGCAGCGAGUACAAGAUGUGCUAAGCGUAUGUUAUUCUGUUCUUGAUCGGAGUAUUUUUGGAGGAUUCAAAACAAAGACCUGUGUGAGGGGUUAAUCAGAGGUCUGGGAAGACGACAGCGGACAAUGGAGUAUGGAAGAAUGAUGAGACAAGGCUAUUCUAGUGGCGUACAUAUGUGAUAUUUUUUUAUGUGUGCAGAUGGGUUUAAAAGUAGGUAGAUAGACCAACGCAGCGAGUGCUAAGACUCGAAAAGAAAGAAGCAUUAAAAGAUGAUUCUCUUGCGGAG